UCCCUGCAUUAAAGUCCCUGGCCAUAAAGUCCCCGGCCACUAUGACCGCAGCCUCUGAUGAGCAUGUAAUAAAUUAUAUGUAAUCUGAUAACAAAAAAACUGUAACUGUAAUCAGUUACGUUACCAGCAAAAAUACUGUAAUCAGAUUAGAUACUUUUGAAAAACUAGAUAAUUAGUUAUUGGAUUACUGUUAAAUUCAGAAAGGAUGCUUGUGAGAAAAAAACGGGGAAAAAACGACACCUUUUUGUUUUCUCAAAGACAUUAAAUUCAUCAUCUAAAAAAGGCGCAACUUUGAGUUUGUUCCUCCUGAGGGAGUCUGAACACAAGUCAAAGACCACUAUGACACACCAACUACAUUUGAUGGUUCCUUUUUUGUCUUCUAAUGCCUCUUAAGGGGAAAGUAAUUCACAAGUAACUGAAAGUAAUCAGAUUACAUUACUGAGUUUGGGUAAUCCAAGUUAGGUUACUGAUUACAAUUGUGGACAAGUAACUAGUAACUAACAGUGACAAUAUUGACUCAAGAAGAGUUCAAUGUUUGAUAUUGCAUUAAUACCUUACGGUGGGUGUGGAGCUUCUGUCAAUCUCAUAUGUAGCUGCUGUAGACAACACAACAUACGGUACUGUAUGUGGACUCUGGUCAAGGGAGCAGCUGGAACUAUCAUAACCCUGUAAAUAAAGACACAGCUACCAAGGAGCCAUGGCCUCCCUUGGACAGAUCAUCUUCUGGGGGAUGAUAGUCAUGAUCUUUGUGGCCGCUGGACUCAUCAUCCUCAUCUUGUCUGUGUCAUUUGCAGUUCAGGGUUUAGGGGGUUCCCAGGGCACUGUGGAUAGCAAUAACAAGUGGCCCAUCGGGAACCUGGGGGAGGAUGUCAUCCUGAGCUGCAAGUUCAAGACUUCAACUAACAGCGGGGAAUCGACCAGUCAGGUGUCAAUCACAUGGAAGAAGAAGGGACUCAGCGAAGUGGUGUACAGGUACAAUAAAGGAGCAGUCCAGCUGACGGAGCAGAACCCCCAGUUUAAAGAUAGAACCCAGCUGUUCUCUGACGCCAUAGGUGGAGGCAAUGCCUCUAUGUUGCUGAGGAACGUGAAAAUGAAAGAUGAGGGGGUGUACUACUGCAGUGUGAAUGCCCCUAGUGGCUCAGGGACUGACAGUGUUAACCUCAGAGUUGCAGCUUUCUCGGCCCCCAAAUUUAAGUGGGUCAACACUACCCUGACGGCAGAGGGAGAGAGAUGGUUCCCAAAACCAGAUGUCCUCUGGUUGGACGUCAAUGACAACGUCCUAAACGAGAGUGAAACUAGCUUUUUCAACAAUUCCGCCGGGAUAACCCGAUUCAUCAGCUCCCUUCAGCAAAUUACAUUGAAUGACAGCUACACCUGCAUCAUCCAAAACUAUCUGGUGAAGGCUGUCUCCCGGGCAACCGUCAAAGAUAUAGAGAUAUCAACGACGACUUUCUUCUCAUUCUCUACUGCAGCUGCACCACCCAUACUACUACCCCAACGGCACGUCCUAGCAGCUACAACCAGUUUCUUUUUCUGGAUCUACCAACUAACCUGAUUAACACAUGCACACAAACUACUCUUCAUAGCCUACAGGCAAGAUGACUAAAAUUACUGUCUGUGGUGAAGUGAACUGGUCUGGUGACUUUCGACUUGCCUUGGUCUGCCUGGAGUCUGAUGGAUUUUGUGUUGGAUUAACAAGUGGCGACAAACUGUGUAUGUGUGUGUGUGUUUGUGGCCCAGUGGCGACCCGUCAUUCAGGGCAGGUGGGGCAGUACCCCACCUGUUUUGAGCCCUACAUUUUUAGCAAAAAAAUGUAUAACAAUAAUAUUU